AUGGCUCCCGCGCCGCGCCCGCCGCCGCCCGCCGCCGAGCUGCCCGCGGUGCGGGCGGCGGCGGCGCAGGGCCGCCAGGCCGCGCUGCGGAGCCGGGCGCGGCGUCUGUGCCGGCGGCUGCGGGCGCUGCAGGCGCGGCAGGUGGAGCGGCACGUCCGGCAGCAGCUGGCCGGGCUGGCGCGGUACCUGGGGCGGGCGGGCGGCGGCCUGUCCCCCGCCCUGGGGCCCGACCUGCGGCUCCUGGUGGCCAGCGCCACCGCCCGCCUCCGCGCCACGCAGGGCGCCUGCGACUCCGACGCCACCGACAGCAGCAGCAGCAGCGGCGGCGGCGGCGGCUCCGGCGACGACACUGAGACGGAGGGCGAGAGCGCGGGGCGGCGGCGCCCCGCCGCGGCCUCCCCGCGACAUCAUCAUGCAGAGUGUCAAUGGGCAAUGGAGAGAGCAGCCAUUAUCUGCCGUUGGACAUGGCUGCAGGCACAAAUUUCCGACUUAGAAUAUCGAAUAAGACAGCAGACAGAUAUCUACAAGCAACUUCGUGCUAACAAGGGUCCAGUAGUCCUUGGUGGUGACCAGCAGCCUGAAGACUUGAUGAAGCAGCAGGGCCGACUGCGUUCUGUGUCACUGAUGACCUCCAAAAAGAAUAAGUGCCUCUUGCACUCUUCAUCUUCCAUCACAAAAUGCCCUACAGGAGAUACUCUUUCCUCCCAUUUCUUGCGUAAUAUGGAAAAGCAGAGCUCUGGCCUUACGCAGUCUUUAGGAAACCCUAUGUGUCAAAGUCCCUCUUGUACCCCCAUCAGUGGGUCUCCAGGACCCCCCAAAGCCUGCACCGCGUCACCCCGCCAAGUCAACGGAGUGUUUAACCGUUUGCACACUGGCUCCUCUGGCAGCAAUUCUCAGAUCAGCUUGAAUGCUGAAGAGAUGCUUGACAAACCAAAACAGCUUAAUAGCCUUGUUCCUACAUCAUCUGUAUCGGACAAUACCUGCAUUGCUGCUAGAAUCCGCCCUAUUUGCAAAUACAAGAAGCGCAAGCUUGUCCGAGCUACCUCUGUGUCUCACUUGAGCAGGAAGCCGCUGAAACCUCUAACCAUGAAGUGCAGCUGUGAAUGGCCCAACUCUUGCAUCCUGUGUAGCUGUAAAACCUCUGUCCAGACAGUCGACCCUGAUACCAUGUCAUUAGGAGAGCGUAUAGCACUACUGGAUUCUGGCUUCCAUCCCAUACUCUCCUUAUCUCACGGCAACCCUCUCCACUUACACUUUCAAACCUUACUGAGAGAGGAUAAACUGCAUAGACUACUGAGCUGUAAAUUCACGACUCUGAAGAUGUCCUGUUUUGGAAAGCAAGAAGAUCCAGCUAGCAGCCUGCUUCCAAAGCUACACUCUUCGCUUCUGUCUGCCCCUACUUCAUUAUUUAAAGGGGAAAGGCAGCUUGAAGGAACAUGCAGUCACAGCUUUCCUGUUUCCGGUCCUCAGGCCCAAAGAUACAAUCCUUUGCACCACUCGCCAUCCUUGUACUUGGAGACUUCAACCCCUUCUUCCAGCCAAAUCCCUUUCACCAGCAGCUCAACAAUGCAGUCCUCAAAAAGAAGAAAAGUGGAAUGUUCCUAUGACAUCAAUAACAUUGUGAUCCCAGCAUCAAUGGCAGCAGCCACUCGGGUGGAGAAGCUUCAGUACAAAGAGAUUGUGACACCAAGCUGGAGGAUAGUACAGCUCCGGGAACUGGAGCCUUUCAGUCAAAUGGAUUUUGAGUUGGAGGAUACUUCUGAUGAGAUGUACUUGAGUCAUCACUCCAAAUAUGAAGAACUUGAACGAGCCCAGUGGGAUUCCUGGGCACCAGCCGCUUGCCAUAAGCGAGGAAGCAGGUCCUCCAACAAAGUAGAUGGUCAAUGGACUGGGCAGCCUCAGCCAGCAUCUCCAGUUACUGGACUUAAUUGCCUUAAUGAUCUGUAUAUGCACUCUUCUACUGGCUUGCACAGUCCUGAGACUUGCAACAAUUUGCAGUCUCUCUCCAUAAACAGUAGGACCAGAAUAGUGCUGUCCUGCAAUGAAGGCGCCAGAUCUUGCCCGGAUACGUUAGAUGAAGCAAUAUGGAACGUACAACCUUGGGAGCCUCGCACGUUUCCGCUUUCAGAUGCUGCAUACCAAGCUCUUCUGCAGCAGUCAAAGGAAGAUAGCUGUAAACAGGCUGGUUUUCAACCAUGGGUGUCUAGCCAUAAACAGGGCAUCAGACCAACCUCUGUAGACACUGCUACAUCCAACUUCAGGGAGAUGCAAUUUUCGAGUACACACCUGCAAACAGAUGGCAAUAAAAACAUGGAGGAAUUCACGGUCCAGCAGUGCAACCCAGGAAAGCUUGUCAACAAAGAUAAACCUGACCUGAGGGGUGUAUGAAGUGGUAGAUGCUCAUGCUUCAGUAUCAAAAGGCUGGCUGCUGAACUGGUGCAGCAGAGCAGUAGCAGGGUGGCACUGCUGGGCAUGAGACUUGGUUUCGGCAGGUGAUGUUCCCAGAUCCAGGAGGGGUUUAGGCACCAGAGCUGGCCCUCUGAGAGGGUGGUGCUGUUCAGAAAGACCAGUCUCUGAUCAGCUCUGGAAAAUAAGGCUCAACUGCCUUGUCAGAAGAAGGUUAGGUGCUGCUACAGACACAGCAAUACUGGGCAAUACACAGGAAAAGAGUUGGGUAAAAGGAAUUCCAGUGACAGAAAGGAAACAGAAUUGUUUGAUCUUGAACACUUGAAAGUGUACUAAAGCGUACCAGUUGUUCAUCGGAUGCUUAGUGCCUAGAAGCAGGCAUGUGAACAGGUUUCAGGUAGUGCUCACCCCCUUGGAGAUCAAUUUACAAAUGCCACAGAAGGUCUAAGGAAGUCUUGCUGUGAAUUAGGUAUGAACUGAAGGCCUGAUGAGGAAGAAGGAAGGAGAAAGCCUUUCACUAGUGCUGGUUACUGUUUAUUCUUAAAUACAUGAAAAUUGGGUUCCCCUUGCCUUGCACAAUUGAAGUUUUGUAUCAGCUUUCUUCAAAGAAACUGCAGGUCCAUUUCAUAAUGGUUGUCUUACAGUAUUCUUGCUGUAAAAAAAAUGAUAGCAUGAAUACAACUUUUUUGCAACUUUUUCAGAAUUCCUUCUCUCUUGGGAGAGAAGCUAUUGUCUCAGGGAUUUUAGCAACAAGCCAUAGAAAAGCAAUACAGCUGGGGAAAAAUAUUCUGUAAAAGGGAUGUAAAAUUGUCCACUGCUUCAAGGUGAGCAGGGCAGUAAGCUGUUGUCAGGGAAUGCUCUUGAAUACUGGCAGGUGUGAUAGGUGUCCUGUCAGAACGUGUCAAAUUCAAUACUGCUGUUUAAAAGGACUUGGAACUGUAUUAAGUUAACCAGGAACAGUGAUAUGUUCCAGCAUGACUAAAUCUUUCCGCUGAAAAUAAUUCUUAAGCAAAGAAUGUUUCUCUUGUACAUUCUAGAGCUUAAAAAAAAAUAAAAGUUCUUAUUACCAGUUUGUUAUGGAAUAUACUUGCCUUGCUGCCUUUAAAUGGGAUCUGUUAAGUUUAGAUUUCUGGAUGUUUGAUUGGUCUCAUCAUUCUCUAAUCUCUAGAAGUGUCCUUCCUUACAAGUAUUUAUUUCUGUGUUGGAGUGUUCAGGGGCCAUGGAAAUACCACAGAACAAUUGUGAAGGCAGUGUACUGGUACUGAGAUUCUGAUGAGUGUUUUGGUUGCUGCCAGAAUAUUAAAUAAAUGUAGAAUACACUGCUGUAGUGGUGCACUACCCAAAGCCUACAAAUGGGUAGCUGCAGCCUGGCAGGCAGAAGUAAUUAUCUCAUUUGUACUGCAACAUGUAUGCAUGGAGCAAAAUUAUAGACACUUCAAAAAGAAAAUAAAAAGCCUAAAACUAAGUGGGCACUGCCACACAUGGGUGCACGUUCUUGUUACUGCUUGAGUGGACCAAGGACUUUGCUAUUUUACGUUGAUUUGAAAAUGUGAAAAUUGGAGAAACUCACCUUCAUCUUUUUUUACUUUGCUAGAGUUAAAUAUAGGAGUGAAGCAUAUAAGUAUACUAAAUUUUCUUUUAUAUAAAAGUCUGGUGUAAUUUAUAUAGAUUUUUUUUGCCUGUCACUUUUGAAUUUCUGCAUUGUUUUGAAUGGUUGAAUUCGCAGAUUAGCAGAGAUUCAAUCAAGGCUAGAGUGCUUUAAAAAGGGGAUGUGGGAAAAUUGCUUCAUAAUGACUCAAAAGUACAUUGGACUAAAUGUGAUUAUGAAAUGAUAAAUAAAACUUUUAAAUGUACCUAGCAGUGAA